AUGAGCCCGAGAUCACAAGAUGCGGCGGCGCCGACUCCGGCCAAGAAGGUCCGCCUAGCGUGUCGGCGAUGCAGAGCCAAACGCAUCAAGUGCGAUGGCGGCAUUCCAGCAUGCUCGAACUGUGCCCGUGCUAAAGCAAGCUGUGUCGACGUCGAUGGCCGCAACAAUGACAUUUCCAUCCCACGCGACUACGCUGUACGGUGCCAUGCGCGGAUCGAAUGGCUUGAAGAGCAAUUGCUGCUUCUAGACCCAGAGUUCGACCUCUCCAGGGCACCGCCAAUCGAUCAGUCGGUGAUGCCAAAUACCGUCCUACGUAGGACCUCAUCGGCUACCCCGACGGGAAACAGUGAAUUUCUACCACAGACACCUGCUCACCUACCAAGUACCGAACACUCAGAGUUGCCCGCUUCAUGCGUGCAGCAAGCGGCCGAAAAGGAGGCUGCUACCCCAUCGGCCGAAGCACGCUCUGUGGCCAUGGACCUGGGGAUGCUAUCACUCCACUCCGACUCGCGACAAAAAUACUAUCUGGGGUCCUCAUCCGGCCUCUUCUUCACGAAGUUGAUAGGGGCGGAUAGCCCUCUCUCCCCAGCUACUUCCACCUCGUCGUAUGGCACGCGGGGGAAUUCGAAACGCCGUACUGUCCCAGGUCCUUCGCCUGAGGCGUAUCGUGUGUUGUACAACAAACUUAGAAGGGACUUACCUUCGCCCGACGAAGCCAACCAUCUGAUUGGUAUAUAUCUUCAGGAGCUCCAUGUCGAUCACCCUUUCCUCCACGCCACCUCUCUAUUUAAUGCCUACAACGCACUCUGGUUCUGCGCCGAACGUGGAUACCAAGGAAAUGUGGACCUCAACGGAUGGCCGGAGGAGAUGGAGCCCUUCUCGUACAACGGGCGCUUCGACAAGGUGGCUGACGACGACACAACGCCCAUCGCCAUCUUCGCCGCCGCGCUGCACGUGUUCAUGGUGCUCUCCCUUGCGGCGACGAUCCUCACGCGGAACAAGAAUUUCGAGUACCCGCCCGCCCGGUUCUACGCCAUCGCCUCCACGGCCGCAGCCGAGUGCCUGAGCGGCAUUUCCGUGACGGCCCUGCAGAGCAUCCUCCUGUUCAUCGUGCAGGGGAUGGUGGGGCCCACCAAUCUGAGCAUCUGGACUUUAGUGCAUAUCGCCAUGUCGCAUGCGAUCGAUCUCGGGCUGCAUCGGGAGCCGAAAGACGAUGCGGACAAUUCGCCCACUGCCCUUGCUUUACGACGGCUGAUCUUCUACACCGUCUACAACCUCGACCGAUCUAUCUCCACAAUCCAGGGCCGACCGCUUGGCAUCCGCGACGAGACCUUCGACAUCCGCCUGCCCGGCCUCAACGAAUUCGUCGUCGACGAAACCGCCAGCGCCAACGUCAACAGCCACUCGGAGCUGCGCUUCUCCAUCCACCGCUUCAAGCUGGACGCAUUGAUCUCGGAGAUCAAGAUCCUGCUCUACCACCUCCCCAACCGCGGCAAUGGCCUUUCAUGGCCGACCGACACAGCCGGGGAACAAGCGCGCAUCAAGACGGGACUCGACCAGUGGCUCGCGGACGUGCGCGCGACCCGCGCCCCCUCGGAGGAAACCACCACCGCCCACGACGAGGACCACGCCUUCAAGCACCAGUGCAAGAUCCUGAAGCUCGAGGUUCUGUACCACGGGGCGAUCACGCUGCUGUACCAGCCGUCGCAGGCGUGCCCCGCGCCCACCCCGACCGCCCUCCUGCACUGCUACCGCAGCUCCCGCGACCGCAUCCACAUCUACAACCGCCUCAACACGCAGGAGCACCUCUACUUCACGUGGCGCAACAUCCACGGGAUCUUCGCGUCGGGCGCGACCAUCAUCUACUGCUUCUGGGCCUCCCCGGAGCUGCAGGCCGUCGUGCCCUUCAAGGAGGCCCUGCAGUGCCUGCGCGGGUGCUCCAACCUCCUCAGCAUCGGCGGCCAGUGGUGGCCCUCGGUGCGCCACGGCAAGGAGAACUUCGACCGCAUCGUCGACCUCACCGUCGAGCGGUUGAGCCAGAAGCACCACCAGCAGCUGCAGCUGCAGCAUCAGUUAAAUGCGACCGGGGGGAAUGCGCUGCUGGACCCCACCGCCAGCGCAGUCGACGGCGGCCCGUUCCAGCCGCCUUCCCCGCCGGUGCCGACCGAUGGGGAUACCACCACCAACACGCAGCAACAACAACAAGAGGCGGUGGAGAAUCUGCUCGGGAUGGCGUCGGUCGCGUGCGAUUCGGGACUCGUCGACCAGGAUUUGGAGAUUGCGGCGCAGCAUGAUCCCAUCAUGGAGAGCUUUUUCACCGAGUACCUGCAGGGCGACUGGAGCUGGGAUCCGUUUUCGACGGGGUUGGAGCCGCUGUCUGACGCCGGUCGGAUAUUGGACUCAGCUCUACCCUAAUUGCCCUCUCCAUCGACCCGGCGGGCUCCGAUCACAUCACACCACUCGACAGUCUUGU